AUGUUAGCGCUAACAAAGACAGUCAGACGGAUGCUGGACAUACUCAAGACCCAGUUCUUCACCAUAGCACUGUCUCUGACUCUAUUCAACACGGUCCGACUACCCCGUGAGGCUUUCAGAUACGGAGAUGUCCAGUACCUCGUGGUCUACUCGGUCUGGCUUGUGGCCGUUGGUCUCCCGUGUGCAUUGUUGCAGCUUGCCAUGGGUCAACUGAGUCAGCAAGAUGCUGUGGGGGUUUGGCGUGCCGUCCCAAUAUUUAGAGGAGUUGGUUACAUCAAGGUGCUGACGUCAUACCUUUGCUGUAUCUACAGCAUGGUGUAUGUGUCUCUUUCGGCAGCGUACAUGAUUUGGAUUGGCAAGGGAUCAUUCCCACUGAAGGACUGUGCCAGGAUUCAAAUGACGCCGGAUGGAUAUGAAAACAAAAUGAAUGCAUCUGAGUGUUUUAACUCGACAUUUUUGGCGCCGUUCACUGAACAACCGCAAUAUCUCGGAAUAAUGGCUAUAUUAAUAUUCAUUUUAUGGUUCUUCGUACCGCUUAUGUUAUUCAGUCUUCAUAAAUCUCUCAAAGCAUCACUUAUGACACUGGCGCCAAUAAUAUUCGCAAUAGCCAUAGUAAUAUGCGUGUUUCUCUCAAACGGGACGACGCUCACGACCUCAUUGGAGACGGAAGACUGGUCAUUGCUAUAUCGACCUUAUAUUUGGCACAGUGGCUUGGUUCAGGCACUCUUGUCGACAAGUGUUAUGAGUGGCUUUCUUAUAAGUGCAGGCGGCACUCUUUAUAAACAGUCGGAUGUCAGAUGGACAGCGACAUUUUUAAUCAUAACAAACCUGCUCACUGGCUGGCUGAGUGUGUUCAUGUGGGAAUCACUUGCCGGUGAAGGCACAAAGGAUAAGAGUUUCAUUACAAUUUUAGUGCUGAUCUAUCAGUCUUCAGUGACCGAAGCCAGGUCUAAGGAGUGGCCUUUGCUUGCUUUUGCGAUUGUAUUAAUAUCAGGAAUUAUUACUUUGCUAGUUCUUCUUUUCCCCAUAUACGACAAACUCCAUCGUUUAUGCGGAGAUCAGUGGAGGCUAUUCGCGGCGGCGACUUCAGCAUUAGGCACUGCGUUGACUGUCACAGUCCUGUCCCGGGGCAUUUCCUUUGCGGAGGUGCUAGAUGACUUAGUAGUACCCAUACUGGCAGUUAUAACUGUGACCUUUGAAGUACUUGGUUUUGUCUACAUUUAUGGUUACUUCUAUCUGAAAUUCGACCUUAAAUUUAUUACGAGCGCCAAAAUGCCACGCUUUUGGAUGGUGACCUGGUGGUGUACCCCUAUUUUAGUGGUGGGGAUAACGGGAUGGUGGUUGAGGGCAGUCAUCAGAAGUGCCUGGAGUCAAGGACAUAGCUUAUGGCCACUAGUAGGAGCCUUCAUAGGGGUUCUGCUGAUUUUGAUUAUUUUCGCUGGAAUCGCUGUUGCGAAAGAAGAACAAUAUAAUUUGUUUGCCAAAGUAGCGGCAGCUUUCCAUCCUUCCCGACUAUGGGGACCAGAGGAUCCAAUGACCCGAUACAUGUGGAUGUCCCAAAGGUUUUCUAAUGGAACCCUAAGUUCUGAACAGGAGGUCACCGAUACGAACAAUUACACCAACCUUCACAACGAUUACACGACAAAAAACGAUGUCAAAUACACCGAAAAUUGGGUUAAAGAUGACCUCUAUGAUGUGAAUCCACAGAAUGAAUUUAAUUUUGAGUAUUUAGGUAAAGAUAACAUAGCAUACUCCGACGCUGGUGAUUUAUAUACGAUACCAACAGUAACAAAAAGUAAAAAGCGAAAAAAGGACGACACAUUCCGAUCACCAAAUAUUUGUAUGGCUAAAGGACAGAUGGGGGGAGAAACUAACUGUAAUUGUAAUAGACAUUUUCAACUGAACGUCCCAGAUUUGAGGAAUAAUGAAAUAUCGACUAGUCUGUAG